CGGGCGCUCGCUCCGUCGGGCGCUGCGGCUCAGGGCGGCGGGGGGGGCCGCCCGUCCCGGACCGCGCCGCCGCCACACUCGGCCGCGCCGCCCUCCGGCGGGGGGAACCCGCGCAGCGCCCGGGACGCGCUCCCCAGCACAGGAGCGGCGAGAGCGGGGCCCGCGGGAAGCAGCCGCGGCUCGACUGGUUCCGCCCCCUCCGUGUCGCUGGGCCUUCGGCCCCUGCCGGGCGGCCUCUACCGAACCGGGAGGCGGCGAAGGGUGCGGGGAGGCGCGGCGGGAACCGGGGUGCCGGCCGGCGGGGCGGCGCGGACCCCGCCGCCGGGGCUGCUGCUACUGCUGUUGCUGCUGGCGGGGAGGCGGGGGGCCCGGGCCGCUCUGGAUGGUGGUUAAAAUGAUCAUAGAAAACUUCGAGGCGCUGAAAUCCUGGCUCAGCAAAACCUUGGAGCCCAUAUGUGAUGCAGAUCCAUCUGCCCUAGCUAAAUAUGUUCUGGCCUUGGUAAAGAAGGAUAAAAGUGAAAAGGAACUGAAGGCAUUGUGUGUUGAUCAGCUGGAUGUAUUUCUUCAGAAAGAAACUCAGAUAUUUGUGGAAAAACUGUUUGAUGCUGUGAAUACAAAAAGCUACCUACCUCCACCAGAACAGCCAUCAUCAGGAAGCCUGAAAGUAGAAUUUUUUCAGCACCCAGAAAAAGAGACAAAAAAAGAAGAGAUAGUAAAAGAGGAAGAGCGAGAGAAGAAGUUCUCUAGAAGAUUAAAUCACAGCCCUCCUCAGUCAAGUUCUCGCUACAGAGAUACUAGAAGUCGUGAUGAAAGGAAAAAAGAUGAACGUUCUCGGAAGAGGGAUUAUGACCGAAAUCCUCCCAGAAGAGAUUCCUAUAGGGAUCGCUACAACAGACGGAGAGGGAGGAGUCGGAGCUACAGCAGGAGUCGAAGUAGGAGUUGGAGCAAAGAGAGGUUGCGGGACCGUGAUCGAGACCGGAGCAGAAGCCGGAGCAGAACGCGAAGCAGAGGUACCAACAGUUGGUCUCUAAAAUACGAAAGGGAUUUGGGAAAGCCAAAAUAUGACAUGGAUAGAACAGAUCCAUUAGAGAACAAUUAUACUCCAGUUUCUUCUGUAACAAAUAUUUCAUCUGGCCACUACCCUGUCCCUACGCUGAGCAGUACUAUUACUGUUAUUGCUCCUGCUCAUCAUGGAAAUAACACUACUGAAAGUUGGUCAGAGUUCCAUGAAGAGCAGCUGGACCACAACUCCUAUGGAAGACCUCCGCUGCCAAAGAAACGCUGUAGAGAUUAUGAUGAGAAGGGUUUCUGUAUGAGAGGAGACAUGUGCCCUUUUGAUCAUGGAAGUGAUCCAGUAGUGGUAGAAGAUGUGAAUCUUCCUGGCAUUCUGCCUUUUCCAGCACAACCCCCUGUUGUCGAAGGACCACCUCCUCCUGGACUCCCUCCCCCUCCACCAAUUCUGAGUCCUCCUCCUGUUAACCUUAGACCCCCAGUACCACCACCAGGUCCCUUACCACCUAGCCUUCCACCUGUAACAGGACCACCCCCUCCCCUUCCACCAUUACAGCCUGCUGGCAUGGAUGCCCCCCCAAACUCAGCAACCAGCUCAGUUCCUACUGUUGUUACCACGGGUAUUCAUCACCAGCCGCCUCCUGCUCCACCCUCUCUUUUUACAGCAGGUGUAGUACUGAGGCUUUGCCCACAAGAAACGUAUGACACAGAUGGCUAUAAUCCAGAAGCUCCAAGUAUAACAAAUACUUCAAGACCUAUGUAUAGACAUAGAGUACAUGCCCAAAGACCAAAUUUGAUAGGACUCACGUCAGGUGAUAUGGAUCUCCCACCCAGAGAAAAACCUCCUAAUAAAAGUAGUAUGAGAAUAGUGGUAGAUGCUGAAUCCAGGAAAAGAACAAUUGGUGCAGGGGAUGGUGGAGUUCCUACAAAGAAGACUUGGUUUGACAAGCAAAAUUUUAACAGAACAAAUAGUCCAGGUUUCCAGAAGAAAGUGCAGUUUGGAAAUGAAAAUACAAAACUUGAAUUGCGAAAAGUUCCUCCAGAACUUAACAACAUCAGCAAACUUAAUGAGCACUUCAGUAAGUUUGGAAACUUAGUCAACUUGCAGGUUGCAUAUCAAGGUGAUCCAGAAGGUGCCCUUAUUCAGUUUGCCACACAUGAGGAAGCAAAGAAAGCUAUAUCAAGUACAGAAGCAGUAUUAAAUAAUCGUUUUAUUAAAGUUUAUUGGCAUCGAGAAGGCAGCACACCACAAAUCCAGACUACUGCACAGAAGGUGAUCCAGCCCUUAGUGCAGCAGCCCACCUUGCCUGUAGUGAAGCAGUCGGUGAAGGAGCGUCUGGGCCCAGUACCUGCGAGUAAUAUUGAACCUGCAGAAGCACAGGGUGCCAACACAGAAGUCACUCAGAAUGUGACUAAAUUAUCUGUGAAGGAUAGACUGGGUUUUGUGUCAAAACCAGUUACUCCAACAACUGAAAAGGUUUUAUCUACUUCUACUGGCUUGACAAAAACUGUGUACAACCCUGCUGCUUUGAAGGCAGCACAGAAAUCUUUGCCUGUUGUUUCCACUUCCGUGCUAGACUCUAAUGAAGCACAGAAGAAAAAACAGGAAGCACUGAGACUUCAACAGGAUGUGAGGAAAAAGAAGCAAGAAAUCUUGGAGAAGCACAUUGAAACACAGAAGAUGCUCAUUUCAAAGCUGGAGAAGAAUAAAGCCAUGAAGUCAGAAGACAAAGCAGAAAUCAUGAAAACACUGGAAAUUUUGACUAAUAGCAUUACCAAGUUAAAGGAUGAAUUAAAAGGUGUAUCACCAGGAGGAGGGACGCCUUUAAAAAGCAUGAAAACUAAAACUCAGAUGCAGAAGGAGUUACUAGAUACUGAACUGGAUUUAUACAAGAAGAUGCAAGCUGGGGAGGAGGUUACUGAAUUAAGACGAAAAUAUACGGAACUGCAGCUGGAAGCUGCCAAGCGAGGGAUUCUGUCCUCAGUUCGCGGUAGAGGGGUUCAUACGAGAGGCCGGGGUGCGUCGCGCAGCAGAGGCAGAGGAAUACGGGGCCGGGGCAGAGGCAGAGGAGUUCCUGUGCACGCAGUGGUGGAUCAUCGGCCCAGGGCACUGGAAAUCUCUGCGUUUACCGAAAGCGACAGGGAAGAUCUCCUGCCUCAUUUUGCGCAAUAUGGUGAAAUUGAAGAUUGCCAGAUAGAUGACUCUUCUCUCCAUGCGGUGAUUACUUUUAAAACAAGAGCAGAAGCUGAAGCUGCUGCAAUUCAUGGGUCUCGUUUCAAAGGACAAGAGCUAAAGUUGGCAUGGAACAAGCCUGUUGCUAGUAUGUCAGCUGUUGAAACAGAGGAGGCUGAACCUGAUGAAGAAGAAUUUCAGGAAGAAUCUUUGGUGGAUGACUCACUGCUUCAAGAUGAUGAUGAAGAAGAAGAGGAGAAUGAAUCUCGUUCAUGGAGAAGAUGAUUCAACUGAUCAACGACAAUGCUAGAACUGCACCUGUGUUGCAUUAGUAUUACCUAAUGUACUUCUGCAUCUUUGUAUUAAAAGGGGUUUUGUGAUGAAGUUGGAUUCAGAUAUAGAUUAAAAAGCAGCUGGUCGGUUAUACAUUUUGAGAGAUUGAUGUUUGAGUUACAUUUCAGUAAAUGAUUGCUAAAGACAUCAUACUAGGAACAUAUGCAAUGUUUUUAUUACAUAGUUCUACAGAAAGUUACAGAAUUCUUUGGGUUCUUUGUAAUUUACUGAAUUGGUCAAACACAAAUGACCAAAAGUUGUUAUAACAUAGAUAAUUUUUGUUCUAUUCCAGAUACGGAAUGAAAAUUUGCAUUUAAAAUCUUUGUGAAUGUUUUCAGAAAUGAAUAGAUAACAGUACUAAACCGAAGUCUCUAAAGUUAUGUAUUCAUAAUAUUGCAUAGUAGUAUGCUUAGGCUUUACUAUGUACUAGCCUUUUGUUGGAUUUGUGUACGUAUUUUACCUAUGGGUUUUAAUGAUAAAGUGUAUGACUGCUUUGCAUAUAAGUCCUUAUGACUUUAAGAUGUUAAAAAAAUAAAGAAAUGGAAUGGUCUUAAAAAAAAAAAAGAAAAAGAAAAAAAAGCAAUAACCAAAAAAGCUAAGGCAAUGGUCCUUCAUGAUAAAAAAAAAAAAAAAAAAAAAAAAAAAAAAAAAAAAGAGAAAAGACCAUUCCAAAUGGCAACCCCCACCCCCAUGUUCACAAAAGGAGCUUGAAUCACUAUCACUUACACUUAAAUAAUACUGAGUAUAUAAAACCAAUCUCAAUCGUGUUUUAUCUGCAUUAACACAUGGUGUACUCUGCGUAAAAACUUCUGGAUGUUCUGAAUUUUAAGUAAUGCAAGUCAAAUCUUAAAAAGAAUAAUACUCCAACUAUGAGGAAUUUUUUUAUAUCUCUGCACUGUGCAACUCUAGAAGAAAGUUUGAUACCACAAAAAUAACAUGCAGUACUGAAAUAUAAUUUAGAAAAAUAUGUGAGGAGAAUCUGAAUACUUCGUAUUAUUCUAAAAACUUGAGUACACAACUAAUGCAUUUUUUUUAUAUUCCUGUGUUUCUAUGAUUACAUUUUUUCAUUUCAAAAGUAACACUUUAAAAAUCCUAAGUUUACACUAUAGCACAUAUUCACCGUUCAAAAAUACAGGAAAUGUUAGUGUACUCCACAGAAAAUCUUCAUUGGCUCUUUCUAGCAGGUCUUUCUGGUAUGUGAGGUCUGAAGUUGCUUUUUAGGAAGGGGAACUGCCUACCCCUUUGCAGUAAAGGACCUCUUAGAGAGACUUGUUUUUGUUUCCAUUUAGUGGCAUUUUGCUGGACUGGUUUCAAAAGGAAACCUAUUUGUUAAAUAUUAAAGUCUCGGGGUUUAUUUUUGUUAUGAAGGGAGUGGGUGGGGUGGUGUUUUGAUUUAGUAUUUUCUUUCCCCCCUGUUAAUCCAUUAAUGAGCGCAUCAUAAAACCACUGUUUUAUUUAUCAAGUAGAUGGAUAUGAGCCUGUACCGACAUUCAUUUAAGUGUUGGAUUCAAUGAUCCUUGUGGGUCACUUCCAACUUGGAAUAUUCUGUGAUUUUUGUGAUAGUGCUUCAGUUAAUAGUGUGUUUUCUGUAGUCCAUGUUUUGUCUUUUUCUGGAAAGGGGGAGAACUGGUAUUAGUCAUGUCCCUGUCCUUUUUUUUUUCAAUUCCAAGGUAGGAAUGGAAGAAAGUAGAAGUAGUAGCAUUUUAGAGAGAAGAGCCCCAGCUGUAGAAUUUUUGUUUGUGCUUUUCAGUCAUUUGAAUGGAUUUUAAGAACUGGAUCCUGGUUUGGGGUUUUUUUUGUUGUGCUUUUGAUUUGGUUUGGUUUUCCCCUCUGUCCUGAUGUGUAUGCAUAUCUUGUUGCAAAAAACAUGCACUUAAAUUUUUGUACAGUCCUAGUUUCACAUUGAAAUGUCACAAUUGACUGCCAUGCUUGUUACACUAGUUCUAAAUUUUGCCAUAAGGAAUUGUAUUUGGGAAAUUGAUUUCCUUUUACACUGAAUUUCAGGCAAAAUAAAAUAUUUUAAGAAUCUUUCUA